AAUAGUUAAUAAAACAAAUUACAAAUUUGAGCUUUCAGAUGCCCAUAUUCGGGUGGUGACGUACAUAUUCAAAAUUUCAUAGCUGUAGGUACCGUUGUUUUAUCACAGUAUCUGCAUAAAUGUUAUGUACGUUAAACAUACGUAUAUUUAUGCUGAUUCUUUAUUAUUAAAUAUCUUUAAAUAUAACACACAGCGAUAAUAUUCGGUAGAAACAGUUCAACGCAAAAUGCGAAAACGAAAUUAAUAGCCCUUCUGGGCUAACGCGCUUUGGGAUAAAAACGCAAAAAUAGAACAUAACAGCUUUCAUUGUCAGUGCUUAAAAAAAAAAAAAAAAAAAAAAAAAAAAAUCGAUAGGCCUUAUUUAAUUUAAUAAAAUCGAAAAGUUGAGCAAGUUGCAUAUUUUUGAGAGGAUAAAUAUGCCACGAAACCUUCAAAAUCAUUUUUUAGUUCAUCACGCACGCAUAUCUGCACACAAAAAUAACAAUACCUAUUAUUCUUCUGCAUCUCUGUUUAAAAAUGUUUUAAAAAAACAUAUGUACCGAAAAACAUUUAUUUGUAAAGUAAAAUAUUUUUUUUUUUUCGAAAAUAUUUUAAAUAAAUUUAAAAAAGAAGAUUUUUCGCGAUCAUAUUUUGCCGCGGUUAAGCCCGUGCAGCUGUCUGUCUGUCUGUCAGGUACUGAAAAAAAUCAGUACCUCGGUACUUACGUGAAAACGUGGUUUGGACUUUGCCAAAGCUAAGUUUACUUUUAAUCUAUUUUCAUCCAUUACAUUUUUUAAUAUUAUUUUUCACUUGAAAUUUGUUUUAAUACUUUGUUUUCAUAGAUACAUAUCAUUACUAUUAUUUUUAUUUUCCUUUUUUUUUUUUUUUUUUUUUUUGUAACAGUACUUUCUAGUUUGAACUUUUCACUUCUCUAUCUUCCUAUAAUGAACUAAUAUUGUUUAAUUAAACUUAUAAUUACUUUUCAUCUUUAUUAAACUUUUUUAUUUCUGAUAGUUUUGACUUUUGCAUAAUUGCCAAGUUUCUGAAAUUUCUAACAAUAAAUUUCAUUAAACUAUUUCUGUCACUGUACUGACUUUUUUGAAUAUGGCUUCUUUGCAUGAAAAACUGAAAUAUUUCUGUUUAAUUACUGACAUGCAUUUAAUUAAUACAGAGGCAGCUGCACUCGAGUUUGCCACCGAUGCUGGACUUCUUCCCAGAGAGGAUGAGGCACCACCUUGCCCCAAGUGCCAGGCACCGAUGAGAAGCAACAAGAGAAAGGAAUCAAAGCUGGGAUGGCGUUGGGUCUGCAGCCUGAGAAAUCGCAACAACUGCUCUGGCAUGAUUAACCCCAUUGAAAACACAUUUUUUGAAGGUACAAAAAUCCCAAUAAGGGAAGCUUUAGUCAUAACUGUGUACUUUGUUCUAGAUCACAGUUUCAGCUACAUAAAUCAGCAGCUAAAGCUAUGGAGGGAAAAGCAAAAAUUACCAGUAAUUGCAAAUGAGACUAUUGUUGACUUUUUAUCAUAUUGUCGUGAGGUAUGCGAAAUUUUUGCCUCUCAUCAUAGCAGAAUGUUAGGUGGUAAAGGAAAAUCUAUAUUAAUUGAUGAAACAUUUUUGACCCGCCGCAAGUACAACCGCGGCAGGGUAACCAAAAAUAUGACCAUCGUAGUUUUAGGCAUCUACUGUCGAGAAGACAAAGAAGGAUUAUUUUUCAAGGUUAAAGGAAAAAGCAAAAGGCAUUUGUGGCCUUACAUUAAACGUCAUGUUCACCCAGAAACCACCUUCAUAUACACUGACUCUGCUCCACAAUAUAAAAGGAUAGAAAAUUUAUUUCCGGCAGCAACACAUAAAACUACCAAUCACAAGAAAGGCGUAUUCGUAGAUCCCGAUGAUAAACAGAACACUAUAAAUGAUCUUGAGGGUGAAAACAAACUUUUUAAGAGGUCUAUAAAGAGCAAGAGAACAGAUGAUAUUUGCACGCAGUACAUGGCUGUACAUUAUUACAGGCGGUUCCGCUUGAAGCCCUUUACUUAUGAUGGAGAAAGACUUGCUCAGUUUCUACAGGACAUUAAAGCUGUGUAUCCAGGCCAUGGAAAAGUCGGCCUUGAACUUAAAAUGUUGGACGAACCAACAUCAGAAAGCGAAGGAAUUGAGGACCUGAUGCCUCCAAAGAAAUCAGCCCGACAAGAUGAUGAUAUACCAUUCAUUCAGGAAGAUGAUGAUAAAUGGGAGUAAGGGAACACAGACCAAGUUUUAAAACUGGAAUAAAUGAUAAGAAAAGCAUACAAGUAAAUUGUUUACUAUAAUUUGUGUAAAUGUUCAGAUGGUCCACAAAUUUUGAUUUAAUACCUUUUUGUUUUUCACUACAUGAAAUUGUUAUUUUUUAUUUCCUUUUAGAAUUCAACCAAAAAACAGAGCCCAGAAAACAAAAGGAUGGAAAUGUUGCGAAAAUGUUGCAUAUCUUUUACAGAAAGAGGUAAAUGUGUAUUUCAGUUAUUCUCAACUUUUAUUUUGACGUGAGAGCUAUUCUUUAUAUAUUUUGUUAUUCCUUCAUUAAAAUAAACUUUCUUUCACAGCUGCAGAUCCAAAAUGUCAUGAAAUACUAUGACAGAGGUAAGACAAAAUUUUAACCAUUCACAGCUUAUGUUUCAAAUUAGUGCUUCACUUUAUUUUAAUACUACUCCUUCAGUAAAAGCAACUGUAAAAUUUAUUUAGUUAUUAUUAGUAUAAGUUUACCUACUUAUUUUUCAGUAAAAAAAACUUUAUUGCAAAUUAGGUAAUCCAAAAAAAUAAAUAAAAGAAAGAAGAAAACUAAUUUUGACAGAUAAAUUGACAAACAUAGAGGUGAGUUGAUUAAUUUAAAGGUUUCCAGCCUACUUCUUACCAGAAAACAUUUUAUUGUUAAGGAUAAUUUAUCACCCCUUUCAGGUAAAGAAUAUUGCAGAAAUGAGAAAUGAAUCAUGGAAAGAAAUGAAUCUUCAGUCAGAAAAUAUACAGGUGAAUUCAUUACUUUUAAUGUUUCCAGCCUGUUUAUUUUAAUUAUGUAUUUUCAUACUACGUUUAUUAUUUUAAUUUUACCGUUUAUUUAUUAUUUUAAAUAUAAGGAUUCAAUCUUACAUUAUUAACUUCUUAAACUUGCCACCCUUUUGUGGUAAUUGUGUAUUUUUGUACUAUGUUCAAUUAUUAUUUUCUAGUUAAAAAGAGUAUGUAGUUAACAAAAGAUUAAAACUAAACAACAGAAAGAACACUUUUAGAAAAAAUAUUAAAACAUUUAAUAAAAGUGUUUAUAUAUACGCUAACUUAUGUUUUCAUUAUCGUAACCUUGUUUAGUUAUCUUGUAUUAUGAAUAUGCAUAAUAUGGAUAUUUUGUUUAGGGACUUCAAAAAUAACAUUUUGCUGCCACUUAGACGAGGGAAGAAGCAGAUGGAGAAAUCAACUCGGAUGACAAACCCAGUACCUGGGGGUAUAGCCAGGUUUUUCUUUCAAGAAACACAUCCGAGUUGAAACGACUGAUGCGGGCCACACCUGAAAGCGAAGGAACUGAGCAACUGCUGCCACCGCAGGAAAUCUCGACGAUCAUGAAAUUUAAAAUCUUGUUUACUUAUCUUGUAUUUUGAAUAUGCAUAAUAUGGAUAUUUUGUUUAGGGACUUCAAAAAUAACAUUUUGCUGCCACUUAGACGAGGGAAGAAGCAGAUGGAGAAAUCAACUCGGAUGACAAACCCAGUACCUGGGGGUAUAGCCAGGUUUUUCUUUCAAGAAACACAUCCGAGUUGAAACGACUGAUGCGGGCCACACCUGAAAGCGAAGGAACUGAGCAACUGCUGCCACCGCAGGAAAUCUCGACGAUCAUGAAAUUUAAAAUCUUGUUUACUUAUCUUGUAUUUUGAAUAUGCAUAAUAUGGAUAUUUUGUUUAGGGACUUCAAAAAUAACAUUUUGCUGCCACUUAGACGAGGGAAGAAGCAGAUGGAGAAAUCAACUCGGAUGACAAACCCAGUACCUGGGGGUAUAGCCAGGUUUUUCUUUCAAGAAACACAUCCGAGUUGAAACGACUGAUGCGGGCCACACCUGAAAGCGAAGGAACUGAGCAACUGCUGCCACCGCAGGAAAUCUCGACGAUCAUGAAAUUUAAAAUCUUGUUUACUUAUCUUGUAUUUUGAAUAUGCAUAAUAUGGAUAUUUUGUUUAGGGACUUCAAAAAUAACAUUUUGCUGCCACUUAGACGAGGGAAGAAGCAGAUGGAGAAAUCAACUCGGAUGACAAACCCAGUACCUGGGGGUAUAGCCAGGUUUUUCUUUCAAGAAACACAUCCGAGUUGAAACGACUGAUGCGGGCCACACCUGAAAGCGAAGGAACUGAGCAACUGCUGCCACCGCAGGAAAUCUCGACGAUCAUGAAAUUUAAAAUCUUGUUUACUUAUCUUGUAUUUUGAAUAUGCAUAAUAUGGAUAUUUUGUUUAGGGACUUCAAAAAUAACAUUUUGCUGCCACUUAGACGAGGGAAGAAGCAGAUGGAGAAAUCAACUCGGAUGACAAACCCAGUACCUGGGGGUAUAGCCAGGUUUUUCUUUCAAGAAACACAUCCGAGUUGAAACGACUGAUGCGGGCCACACCUGAAAGCGAAGGAACUGAGCAACUGCUGCCACCACAGGAAAUCUCGACGAUCAUGAAAUUUAAAAUCUUGUUUAUUUAUCUUGUAUUCUGAACAUAUAUAACAUGGAUAUUUUCUCUACAAAAAACUCCAAAUAGUGAACUGCCAAGUAAUACUGCUGAAAACUGCAAAAUGUGGUGCUGAAUGGUAAGUAAUAUAAAAUAUAUGUGUACACAUUAAAAUUAGAGGAUUAUGGCUCCUGGCGAAACCUCGUAAAAAAAAA